GCAGACGAUAGUACAAUGGCACGAGUUCCAAUAAAAAGCAGAAUCACGACGGUUAGUACUCAGUUACCUCUUGUACCUCUUCCAAAUCUAAACAUGACCCUCUCAAUCCUUCCAGUCGUGGUGAUCAUGUUAUGGUUGGCCACAUUUGACUCCGUCUACGGCCAAACUUAUUUUAGAAUGCCGUACAACACGGACAAAUGGCCAGCAAUAACCAAACGGUUGAGCGAAUUAGACUAUCAAAUCAAAACUGGGAGAUCGCCAACGUAUGAGGUGAAUUACGCCAUCAAAAUGUUCGACCCUGCUACCGCAGAUUACAAUUAUGAUUCGCUGUACCGAGUCGAAAGUGACCCAGAGUGGAAGCGUCGAAUGGAAGUUGUUCUUCCCAAAAUGGCAGCAAUUGCGCUUCGCCUUCCACAACUGCUCCCAAAUCCUGGCGUCCGCGUACUCCGACGGGGCGAAAACGGUGUCAUCCGACUAAAUCAAGUUCAAGUGCUUUCACUUCUGGCCAACUCCUUCUUUUGCACAUUCCCAGCCAAGGAGGAAGGGUUCCCCAGAAACAAGUUUUGCACACUAUUCGAAGGGGCUGGUGGAUCGGAAGCGUCCAAGGCUGAGAAGCUGAAGGCAUUUCUUCACUAUUUUGAACGAAUGUUGGAGCGUUUUCCUCCAGGCAGUAAAGGCACUGGCACGUUGAUCACGUACGAGAGACGAUCCCUCUCACCUGGGGAAGUACCAAAUUGGACAAAUUCAGGAAAAACGUUGACCAGUGUUUGGGUAGAGGAGUAUGGACACAUUGAAGACGAAAAGGGGUUCCAACAUCUCCAGGCUGAUUUUGCAAACAAGAUGCUUGGUGGGGGGAUCCUCGGGAACGGGGCCACACAAGAAGAAAUAAGAUUUGCAGUCAACCCAGAGCUGCUCAUCACCUCACUCCUGUUCGAACAACUGGACAACAAUGAAGCUGCCAUCGUCACCGGCGUCGAGCAAUUUAGCACGACCUCGGGUUACGCUUCUAACCUCCGAUUUACUGGAGACUUUCGCGAUACCACUCCACUCGAUGCUGAAGGGCGUCGAGACACGUCCGUGUUUGCUUUUGACGCGCUCAAAUUCGAAGAUGGAAAAGAGUACGAACAAUUCUGGGAGUGGCAAGUCGAUAGAGAGCUGAAAAAAGCGUAUGCUGCCUUUUCAAAGAAAGGCAGGACCGAAGAUUGGAAACCAAUAGCAACCGGAAACUGGGGUAGCGGGGUUUUUAAUGGCGAUCAAGAGCUCAAGUUUUUAAUUCAGUGGAUGGCGGCAUCGCAGUCUGAGAGAAACAUGAAAUAUUUCACGGUUGGUCGACCAGGUCUGAAGGACGCCAUUGUCCAACUGCUCAACCGUUUUAAGCAGGCAGCACCUCCCGUCACCGUGGGGAGAUUGUACCAAGCCAUUGCCUUGUACAGGAGGAAAGUCGUCGACAAGCAUAACCAAAAUAACAUUUCAAUCUUCAAAUUUAUCCAAAAUGACUCUGAAGCAAAAGCAUUAUUGAGACUUCCAUAAUUAUUAAAUUCUAAAAUUGUAAAUUUAAAUUUAAAAUUCAAAUUAAUUAUGAAAACAAAUUACUAAAUAAAUCAGGAAAUGAAUAGCAAAGA